CGCUGUGCAAUCAGUUCGAGUUCUCGCGUCGUCGAAAGUGGACGUAUAGGCUGUGCACGAUUUUACGCGAAAAACGGGUUUUUCAGUUUUUCUUUUUUCAAUACAUACAACCACCAAACAAACGAACGCUUUACUUUAGUUGAAGCGCAGAAAAUCGAAGUGACAGUAGAGUACAUAUGAAAAAGUCAAUAAUGACCGAAAACAAAAGUCGUGCAAAAGUGCUUGCUUUACACCGCCCAACAAAUGAAAGGCGUUUAAGCCAAUAAAAAAGAGAAUAAUAUCGUGUGCAAGUUUACGAAGCGAGAAGCAAGUGUAGCAGCAGUACGGGCGAAAAGCAAAAAAACGAAACUGGUGUAGUGAAAAAGUUCAACGACAACGACGACGACGACGAUUGCGUUGACAAGUGAUUUGCUUUGCGUGCUGUGCGUGAAAAUUGCUGGGUGAAAAUUUCAGUUAAUGAAAAAUUCAUGAAGAAAAUUUCGUAAAUUCAGUUGGUGGACAAAGUGCUAUGUGUUUUUGGAGAAAAUCGAAUAAAUUGGAAAUUAAAUUAAAGCAACGCAAUUGAAACAGUGAAAUCGAUUUGCAUACAAAAUUGUCUUCAAACCAAAAAAUUUAAAAAAGUAACAGAAAAGUUAAGAGAAACAACAACUGAAAGUGCACAGUUAGUAUUUACCGCAAUGAAAUAGCUAAAUGCAGCUGAAGUGUGGCGCUUACCUGAACGCAGCGCGCAUUAAACGCGUUUGUAUGCAAGCGCACAGCUGUUUAAUACACUAAAAAAAAUAAUAAUCAUAAGAAAUAAUUAGAUAAACAAAAUAAAUAUGUGCAAACUAAGUAGGCUGCCAAGGCGACGACACGCUAAUUACAGCGCGUGCACGCUGUUGCUACUAACCGCAUACAUUAUCAGCAACGGUUGCAUAGGUGUUGCCACAGCGCUGCACAAUAAGGGCGCCGACAGACCAGAGUCCAGCUACGCGCUCUCCUCGGACUCUGCUUCAGCGAGUGCGGCCAGCAUGAUGGCCACCUCGAUAGCGGGCGCGGCUGCUACGGCAGGCGCUGCCAUUACAGGCACUGCGAACAACAAGGAUGCAGCGGGCGCCACAACUGGUGUCGCGGCCUCCGCAGCCGCACAGCCAGCGCCGACCAAUCAAUGUUCCUGGCAGUACAAUGGCACCACAUCGGUACGCUGUAAUCUACGCACUAUUGAACGGCACAUCGCGCUAGAUUUGCAGGGCGCUGAUGGCACCAGCCAGCUGGAGAUCAAAUGCAGCGAACUCUACCUCUUCGAAUCACAAUUGCCACAGGCGGCAUUCGCGCGCCUACAAACGCUCGAUGUGCUGCGUAUUGAUGGCUGCAAAUUGCUGCAAUUGCCAAAUAAUGCAUUCGAGGGUCUGAAUGUGUUGCGCACAUUGGCGGUGAAUACGCGUAAUCCCGAUUGGGGACCAGGCAAAACUUUGGAGCUCUAUCCGGACUCGUUGAAUAGCCUGAAGCAGUUGACCGAAUUGCAGUUGGGCCAUAAUAAUUUGCGUGCGUUGCCAGCUGGCUUCCUCUGUCCGGUGGGGAAUCUGCAAGUGUUAAAUUUGACGCAUAAUCGUAUACGUUCGGCGGAGAAUCUGGGCUUUGCCGAUAUGAAUUGUAAUGGCGGCAGUGAGUUGCAGGUGUUGGACGCGAGUUACAAUGAGCUGCGCUCGGUGACCGAGAGUUGGGGCAUAUCGCGACUGCGACGUUUACAGCAAUUAAAUUUGCAGCAUAAUAAUAUAUCGGAGUUGUCUGGUGAGGCUUUGGCCGGCUUGAGUUCGCUGCGUAUUGUGAAUUUGAGCAACAAUCAUUUGGAAACACUGCCCGAGGGACUGUUCGCCGGUUCGAAAGAGCUGCGCGAAAUACACUUGCAGAACAAUGAGCUGUACGAGCUGCCCAAGGGACUGUUUCAUCGGCUCGAGCAGCUGCUGGUGGUGGAUUUGUCCGGCAAUCAGUUGACCUCGAAUCAUAUAGACAACACUACGUUCGCUGGCCUCAUACGUUUGAUUGUUUUGAAUUUGGCGCAUAAUGCUUUGACUCGAAUUGACUAUCGCACCUUCAAGGAGUUGUAUUUCCUGCAGAUUUUGAACUUGCGCAAUAAUUCUAUUGGCCAUAUUGAGGACAACGCAUUUUUGCCGCUAUAUAAUUUGCACACCUUAAAUUUGGCUGAGAAUCGUUUGCAUACCUUGGAUGAUAAGCUCUUCAAUGGCUUGUAUGUGCUGUCAAAGUUGACACUCAACAACAACUUAAUUAGCGUGAUUGAACCAAAUGUUUUCAAAAACUGUUCGGACCUGAAGGAACUCGAUCUUAGCUCGAAUCAGCUGAAUGAAGUGCCACGCGCAUUACAAGAUCUCGCGAUGUUACGUACAUUGGAUUUGGGUGAGAAUCAGAUACGCACUUUCGACAACCAAAGUUUUAAGAACCUGCAUCAGCUGACGGGUCUACGUUUGAUAGACAACCAGAUUGGCAAUAUCAGUGUGGGCAUGUUUGCCGACUUACCACGUCUCAGUGUACUCAAUCUUGCCAAGAAUCGCAUACAGUCCAUUGAACGCGGCGCUUUUGAUAAGAAUUUUGAGCUGGAGGCCAUACGCCUCGAUCGUAACUUCCUGUCCGAUAUUAAUGGUGUGUUUGCUACUUUGGUCUCGCUGCUGUGGCUCAACCUCUCCGAAAAUCAUUUGGUCUGGUUCGACUAUGCUUUCAUACCGAGUAAUCUGAAGUGGUUGGACAUACAUGGCAACUACAUUGAGGCGCUGGGCAACUACUAUAAACUGCAAGAGGAGAUACGUGUUAAGACGCUGGAUGCCAGUCACAAUCGCAUCACUGAAAUCGGCGCUAUGUCCAUACCGAAUACCAUCGAAUUGUUAUUCAUCAACAACAACCUCAUCAGCACUGUGCACCCGAAUGCGUUUGUGGAUAAAGUGAAUUUGGCGCGUGUUGAUCUGUACGCCAACGCUCUGUCUAAGUUGCAAUUACAGCAGUUGCGUGUCGCACCCGUUCAACCGGCUAAACCGCUGCCGGAGUUCUAUCUUGGCGGUAAUCCGUUCGAGUGCGACUGCACCAUGGACUGGCUGCAGCGCAUCAACAACCUCACCACACGUCAGCAUCCGCGCGUCAUGGAUCUCAACAACAUUGAAUGUGUCAUGCCACAUGCACGCGGUGCACCUGUGCGCCCACUUACCUCACUCAAACCACAAGACUUCCUUUGUCGCUAUGAGUCGCACUGUUUUGCGCUGUGCCAUUGCUGUGACUUUGAUGCCUGUGAUUGUGAGAUGACGUGCCCCAGCAAUUGCACUUGUUACCACGACCAGAUUUGGUCGACGAAUGUCGUAGAUUGUGGUGGCCAACAGACUACAGAACUGCCACGUCGUGUACCCAUGGACUCGAGUGUUGUUUAUUUGGAUGGCAACAACUUCCCCGUGCUGAGGGAUCACGCCUUCAUAGGACGUAAAAAUCUGCGUUCGCUCUAUGUGAACGGCAGUCAGGUGGCGCGCAUACAAAAUCGUACCUUCGCUGGUCUCAUCUCGCUGCAGGUGCUCCACUUGGAGGACAAUCUCUUACGCACGCUGCACGGCAAUGAAUUCGAGUUUCUGGUGGCACUGCGUGAGCUCUACUUACAAAACAAUCAGCUGACUUCGCUGGACAACAUUACGCUAGCACCGUUGGUAUCGCUGGAAGUGCUGCGCAUAGACGGUAAUCGCCUGUUGACGCUCACCAUGUGGCAGCUGCAGCAACCACAGUUCAAACAAAUGCGUGCACUGGCAUUAGGCCGAAAUCAGUGGAGUUGUCGCUGUAAGUUUCUGCAGGAACUGACCGCCUACGUAGCCGACAACGCGCAAAUUGUGUUAGACAUGCAAGAUAUCUAUUGCGUAGACGUCGGCGUAAGCGAUACUAGCGUGGUGCAAAAGCGUGAACUAGACUUUAAUGCUACUGCCGCUUGCACUGAUUACUACGCUGGUGGCUCAAUGUUGCAACAUGGCAUACCAAAGACGUACAUACCCUUACUAGCUGCAGCACUGGCGCUCAUAUUUUUGCUUGUGGUAGUCAUCAUCAUAUUUGUCUUUCGCGAAUCACUGCGCAUCUGGCUAUUUGCGCACUACGGCGUACGCGUGUUUGGACCACGCUGCGAGGAAACGGAGAAGCUAUACGAUGCCGUGCUACUGCACUCCGCCAAAGAUUCAGAGUUUGUAGCGCAACAUUUAGUGGCGGAACUGGAGACUGGACGUCCCCCUUUACGCAUCUGCCUGCAACACCGCGAUCUGGCGCAUGAUGCCACACACUACCAGCUGCUGGAGGCCUCACGCGUAUCACGACGCGUUGUCAUCUUGUUGUCACGCAACUUUCUGCAGACUGAAUGGUCACGCUGCGAACUGCGGCGCGCCGUGCACGAUGCGCUGCGUAACCGUCCACAAAAGCUGGUCGUGAUCGAGGAACCCGAAGUGCAAUUCGAAGCAGAGAGCGACAUCGAGCUCUUACCCUACUUAAAGACAUCCGCAGUGCAUCGUAUACGUCGCGCCGAUCGUCACUUCUGGGAGAAACUACGCUACGCGCUACCCGCCGACUAUCCCACCUAUCGUGGUGGCGUUGCCGGUGUGCCUGGCAAUAAUUACACGCUCGAUCACAAUCAUGAGCGCAUCAAACAACCCUCUAGUCCUGGCAUACUCUACCGCCAAGCGCCACCACCUGCCUACUGCACAGAAGGUGUCGCCGGCGAACUAAUCGGCGCCGAGCCCACGAACUACUCCUCCGCCACCACAGCGACGCCCAGCCCGCGUCCGCAACGACGCGAACAUAGCGCGAGCGCUAACACAGCGGCAGGUACACUGCACCAUCCCAUAGUGGGCUCACAUUUACAUCCUAGCGCAGCGCAACAAGCAACGCUGGCGGCAGCAGCGGCUCAACGCGGCGCCGAACUGAGCGGCAAUGCAACUGGCGCGGCCAAUAACAGCCAGUAUUAUCAUCAUGCCACAGCGCCCAGUCAAACAUACGGAAUGCGCCCACCCUCAGAGCAUAUAUACUCCAGCAUAGAUUCAGACUACUCCACGCUGGACAAUGAAAACAUGCUGAUGAUGCCGCCACCCUCGCCCACACCAAAUGGCGGCGCGACGGUGCAGAGCUUACAGCGCUUUCAUCAACACCAACAGCAGCAGCAGCAGCAACAGCUGAUGUCACAAACAUGGCGACCGCAGCAGCAGCAGCAGCAAAAUCAAAAGCAACAGCAACGUCGCGGCGAGUGUGAAACAACGAACAGCGUGACGUCGGUGACUGCGCCGAGCGGCCAACAGCAGGGACCGCAUGUGCAGGCAUAUUUAGUGUAGAUAUAGUUGUAAAGCUGCGAUAUGGGCAAAAUAUAAAUACGACGCACAGUUAAAGCAUCUUAAGCAUUAAUAGUAAUUCAACUGAUUUAUUUAUUAAGUAGGAACGUAGCGGCGAAUUUUUGGGACUGGUUCCUGGCACUGAAACUAAACACAACAAAAGUGUAAAUGAAUUUUAUAGUACUACAUAACUAAAAGUCGAUAUAUUUAUGGCAAAUGAAAGUUUGAAAAGUCUAAAUUUUUUACAACUAAAAAUCUUAAAUUUUUUAAACGCAAAAAUAUUUAUACUAAAUGCAAAAAUUUUAAAAAAUAUAAUAUAAUUUUUUUUUAUUUUUCAAAGCGCCAAGUGUCGUCAUUUGCUGCUAGUAGUUAUUCAAUUGAAAAUUAUUUAUAAAACGCGUAAUUAAAUUAACAAAUAAAAAAAAUGCAAAAAGUCGCUCAGUUGCCUAAGCUGAAAAUAUAAAAAAAACUUAAUAAAAAAUAUUUAAUUUAAAAAUUAUGUAAAGUAAUUAAAAAAUUUGUAUAAAAAGCCUAUAAAAUUCAAUAAUAACUAAACCAACGGCGACAAGCUGCUUGAUAACCCAGUGAACAAAAAUUAAAUAAAAAAGUUCAAUUUUGAAAAAAAGCAAAAAAAAAAUAAAUUGAACGAAGUGAUUAUGUUGAUGCAAACGCCGAUAUUGACCAAGAUGAUAAGCGUAUGUAAUAUGUAGUUAUGUAUGUAAACUCGAUUUUCCUCAUAAAAAUAUUUAUAUAUAUUUACAGAUAGAAUUUCCUCUAAGUGUAAAUAGCUAAUUUAGUUGUAUUUGUAUGUGUAAGCCUAAGCCUAAGUAUAUAAUGUAUAUGAAAUCCGUGUACCUACAUGGCUAUAUUUAGUUAGGCUAAACGCGUUAAACUAACGGGCAUUGAAGGGUGGUGCGUAGCCGCAAACAGCGUGAGGGGAAGUGGCGUGGCGCUGGCAUUACAGCAUUAAUGUCUAAAUAGGUACUUGCACUUUGUAAUGCAAAUUUUGUUUAAUUACUUAUGUACACACAUGCGCGUGCUGAAAAAGCGUUCACGCCCCUCACCCCCCCGACCAACUGUUUGCCAAUAAGCACUGCCGCUGUAGCGCCCGAGCGCAUGUAAAUAUUUAAUUUAAUUAAUAUAAAAUAAACAAACUAUUACAAUGCAGACCAACACACACACAAAUACACACUCAAAUGCAUUUAGUGCAAACACAACAAGCGAAACUGCCAAACGUUAUACUCGUAUAAUUAAAAUAACAUUGAUGUACAGUUACAAUUAAUGUAGUUAAAACGCACUAAUGACGCGAAACAGGACAUUUAUUAUUGUUGACAAGGACGAACUGCCUGAUAUUUGUUAAGCUAAAACAUUUUCCUACUACUAUAUACAUAUGUAUUAAUUGGUACAUGUGCGCACUUGUAUCCACACACACAUACACAUAUGUAAGUAGCGUGUUUGUGUGGAAAUUAUGGCUGAAUAAAAAUGUAACGAAUUGUGUUUUGUAGCUUAAGCUUUUUUCAUACUAUUUCUAUUUUCGAAAAAGUGGUUAUUUAUUAAUUAGAGUGUAAGCAGCAAUUUGAAAUUGUGAAAAAGUGAAAAAUAAAUAUUCAUUAUUAAAAGAAA